UGUGUCAAACGUGCGUAACUAGCGAGUCUGCGCGCUGUCCAGCAUUAUCCUCUGAGCAGCCGAUGCUCAGCUGAUUUCACUUAUCAUUUGCAUCUAUUAAUGUCAGUAAUGGCUUCCAGAGCGGUUAUCCAGUUGCAAAGGACUCGCAACUUAGCGUCUAUUCUGAACAGUCAAGUUCGUUUAAGCACUGCUUUCCAUACAAGUUCAACAGCUUCUUCACAGAGUGAUGAAAAACCAAAGAAGAAACUCAUCAACCAUUCAAGAUUGCGUGGCAUCGACAUUCUGCGGACACCAAAGCUUAACAAGGGUCAAGCCUUCACCCUGGAGGAGAGGCAGUUGAUGGGAAUCCAAGGUCUGCUACCAUCUUGUGUCAUCAAUCAGGACCAACAAAUGACCCGUGUGAUGGCCAACUUCCAUAAUCGUAAGACGGAUGUUGAUCGCUAUGUUUACCUCAUGGCACUUAAGGAUCGUAACGAGCGUCUGUUUUACCGGUGCCUGACAGAAUACACAGAGGAAAUGAUGCCCAUAGUGUAUACACCUACAGUCGGACAGGCAUGUCAGGAGUAUGGAGUCCUUUACCGGAAACCAAGGGGACUGUUUAUUUCUAUCCAUGACAAAGGCCACAUUUAUGACAUGAUGUGUAAUUGGCAUGAAGAAGAUGUAAAGGCCGUUGUGGUGACAGACGGCGAGCGUAUUCUGGGUCUAGGAGAUUUGGGUGUGUAUGGUAUGGGCAUCCCUGUCGGUAAGCUCGCCCUGUACACAGCUCUUGGAGGAAUUCCACCAGAUCAGACAUUGCCCAUUGUUCUGGAUGUGGGCACCAACAACCAGAAACUUCAGAAGGAUCCGUUAUACAUUGGCCAUAAUCACCCUCGUGCAACAGGUCAGGCCUAUGAUGACUUUAUAGAUGAGUUCAUGGAGGCUGUUGUGGCAAGGUAUGGACAGCACACCUUGAUACAAUUUGAAGACUUUGCUAACCACAAUGCCUUCAGAUUCUUGGAAAAGUAUAGAAACAAGUAUUGUGUGUUUAACGAUGAUAUUCAAGGUACAGCUGCUGUUGCUGCAGCAGGAGUGUUUGCCUCCCUGAAAUGUACUGGCAAGAAGUUAGGGGAAAAUGUGUUUGUUUUCCAGGGAGCAGGGGAGGCUUCCAUAGGAAUAGCCAGUCUGUUGGUAUUGGCUAUGGAGGAAGAAGGUCUGAGUCACGAUGAGGCCGUCAGUAAAAUCUGGUUGGUGGACAGUCGUGGAUUGGUAGUGAAGGACAGACCAGCUGGCGGCCUCACAGAACACAAGCUUUUGUUUGCCCAAAACCACGCUCCCAUUGAUACACUGGCUGAUGUGGUCAAAACUGCCAAACCCUCUAUCCUCAUAGGUGCUGCUGCUGUACCCGGAGCCUUCACAGAGCCCAUUAUCAGAGACAUGGGCUCUUUUAACGAAAAACCUGUCAUAUUUGCACUCAGUAAUCCCACCAGUAUGUCUGAGUGUACCGCAGAAGAGGCUUACAGAUUCACUGAUGGACGGUGUGUAUUUGCUAGCGGUAGCCCUUUCUCUUCUGUGACGUUGAAUGGAAAGACAUUCCACCCAGGACAGGGAAACAAUGCUUACAUUUUCCCUGGUAUAGCUCUGGGGUCGAUUGUCUGUGGGGUACGACACAUUACCGAGGAGGUCUUUCUCAGGGCAGCUCAGACACUUGGUAACCUGGUUACAGAUGAGCAUUUAGCUGAGGGACGACUGUAUCCCCCACUCUCUGAUAUCCAGGAUGUAUCAUUGAAGAUUGCCACAGGAAUAGCAGAAUUGGUAUACAAAACGGGCAACGCCUCCACAUACCCGGAGCCUGAAAACAAAGAGGAAUUCAUCCGUAAACAUCUUUAUGAUACAGAUUAUGAAUCAUUUGUCCCAGAGACAUGGACCUGGCCAGACAGUGUGAACCAGUGAUCAUAUAAAAAAAAAGGAAAAUAAAAAUUGAUAAUAAUAAUAACAGGUAAUAGAGUGGGAAAGAAAAUAAAUCUGAUAUAACUGCGAAUGAAUGUGAAACAACUACAAAAAAUAACUUAAUAUAUAGAUUUUACCUGUAAUAGAUAAAAGUUAAAAGUUGGAACCAUUUAAAAGUGGUUAUAAAUGCUAUACAUGGUAAUAGAAUUGGAACCAUCAAAUACUGGGUAUAUGAGCUGUACCAGGUACAUUGGAUAUAAAUGAUAUACCAUGUGUUUAUAAUAUCAAGACUAUAACUAUAGUAACAGGUCGUUUCUCCCAUAGUGCAGUACUGUUUUACAGUCUGGGUUUAAGUGUAUUUUCCCUAGUGCUAUAUUGAUGUCAUACAUUCGUGACAAUAAUUAUUUAAUGUGAAAUGUUAACCUAGAUCAUGUAUUUUAUGGUUUGUCUCGAUGAUCUGAGAAGGAUUACAAGCUGUGGUAUGUGUCUUUAUUUUUCCACCUUUCCAUUGUUUUCUUCUUUUUUUAGUGUCCUGUUUUAUUUGAUUUUUAUCUAACAAUGUAUGACAUCAUUCUAUGGUCCAAAUAUCUGGUGUGUUUUGCCACCAUUGUUUGAAACACUUUUUCCCUAAUUCAGCAAUUCAUGUUUCAUAUCAGCAGGAGAAUUUUUAGUGUUAGCUGAUAUCUCUUAUAAAACAUUGAACAUUCUGGAAAUGAACUUUGUUAAGGCAAGAAAUGCCUAAAAACAAAGCUUAAGAUAUUUAUCAUACUUCUUUCAAGCACAAAUGUACAAAAUAAUUCUUUAUGAAUGAACAUAUGUCUUAUUAACAGUAUUUAGAAUGUGUCUACACAACAUUGUCAAAAUGACGCAGCAUAAAACACUUAGUUGGAAUGUAAUUUGUGAGAAUCUCAUUGCUGCUCUCAUUUAAAACUUCAUCUUCACCACUCCGAUAUUACAAAUGGUUUUCUUCUGUUACAAACUUAAUAUUUGCUUUAAUUAUUAUAAUCUUACCGAUGACAUUCUCGGUGGAAUUCAUUACUUUCAUUAGAGGAAGGUUUGACACAAAAUAAAAUCUCAUUUUAUAGGAACCAAUCAUGAAGCAUAAUAAUCAUUGUGUCAACAUUUUUAGAAAUAUAUGUAUAACAUUUUUUAAUCAAGAUCUCUUUUCUGGAAUUGAAUUAAGGCUAUGAAUAUCACUGAUAUUAUUGAACCAAGAAAUGGUAAUACAUGUAUAUACAUAUACAAUGUAUCCAUCAAAGCUAUUAAUUUCUGUAUUGAUGAAUAUCUUGUGGAUUAAGGAUGUUGUGGCAAAUGGACAUGCCUGUAUUCUACUGUUAUUCAGUUAGAGCAUAAUGUCAUUGUGAGUUCUCUUAUCUUCCCAUUAUUUUGUUACUUUUCUAAAUGUGUCCUUUAUAUAAUUAUCUAUCUUUCAUUUCUGUUUAGAGAUUGUUUCCACUAGUAUUAAUUUUACCAUUUAUACAGAACAUUGAGAUAAACCGAAUGUAUUUUUUUACAAUUUGCAAAGGAAAUUAAUUGAUAUAUAUACAUAUAUUACUCAUUCUUGUUGGCCCAAAUAGAAGUGCACAGGAGGUUGUAAUGUGGAAGGACAUUGUUCCCCGAGAAAACCCAUGUUGUUGGGCAGGUGCCCCUAUACCCUUUUCUUGUCUGAUUUGGAAAUUGAACUCAGUUUGCCAUGGUGCUAUUCACUCCAUUAUCUUCUCAACCAAAUUAUGAAAUAAAAAAGUUCUUGACUUAAUGUACAAUUUUGAUUAAUUAACUAUUAGAUAAAAGACUUAGCAGGUUUCUAUUUUAAAAGACUUAGCAGGUUUAUAUUUUAUAUCACUUUCUGUUAGAAUCUCACAACAAUAUACAUGUAUUCCUGUCACUGGAGUAACAAAUCUAACAAUCUUUGUUUUAAGAACAAAUAGGUGACUGACAUUUGGUACUAUCUAUCACAGUGAGUUUGCUGGCACCUUGUCAUUAAUUGUAUACAUUUAACAACUGAUAUUGUUUGAAUUUUUAAUUAAGGCAUUAUGUGUUAAUAUGUGAUAUAAAUAAUCUGUUUAUACCAGUAAUAUAUCCAUAUCAGACUUUUUCAGAAAUUAAUUGUUGGGGUCAGACCCUUGACAUACUGUUCAAAAAUUAUUUUGUCAGUGAAAUAGCUUGACAUACUUAAGAUGUAAUCAAGAGGUAUGCAAUUGAAAGGGAAUGCUUUGAAUGUUCCCAAAUAUUGGUACCCUAGACCUCAGAAUGAAAUUAUUCUAUACCAUAUUUUCAGAAGUAUUCGAUUAAAGAUGAUUAUAAUAUCUCAACUUGAUGUAUAAAGGACUAGGAAAGGUAUUUUUAUUUUGUGAAAUUGACGACCAAAAUAUAUAGAUGACUAUUUUAUUUUAUGAAAACUCAUGAUCUGAACCAAAGAGGAAAUGAAAUUUUUCCUUACUCUAAUAUUCCUAUACAUUUAAAAUACUCAGUGAAUGUGAAUGUAGUCCUAAUUGUAACUAGUCAAUAUUUAUCUUGGUGAAGAAGUAUUAGCAUUAUAUGAUAAUUUAUAUUCUGAUAUUCAGGAUAUCAUUAUUUUUUCUCAUUAAAUUUCCAAACUUUAAAUAUAGUUUCAAAUGUCUCCUGGAUCACCAAAUAAGAAAUAAUGGGAUAAAAUGAUAGCUUUAUGAAAAUCUCUCAAUUCUAUUUUCAUCAAUUUGAAGCCCGAUUGAUAAGUUCUUGGAUGUUAAAUUGAUAAGUUUCUAGCUGUAGAGAUUGUGUUUUCUGUGUUAUUUUUUUGUUUUAGUAUGAAGUCAAAAUAUAUAUACAAUAUAUAUUGAUAAAAUUCUCCACCGAAGUAUUUACCCAUCUGAUCAUGGAUCCCGAUAUAGGUUGGUUGGUUUGUACUUACACCUUUGUGAGUAUUUUGUACUGUGUUGAUUUAUACACAAUAAUGAUGUUCAUUAUAAUAAUCAAGGAUUGCACUGUUGGAAGAUGUAAUUUGUCACACGAAUUAGAUUCUGUAUAUAAGAAUUGGCACUUGUCAAUUUUGUAUUGUACAGUGUCUUUUGAAUUUUAUACACAUAUUUUCCCAGUGUGUUGAUUAAUAUAUAGUAGUACUAUUUAUAUUUACAAUAUGAUUGGCUUACAAUAUGUCAAUAAAUGGUCGUGUAGAUUUACAUUCUAUUACCCUAGGUAGACAGCUAAAUAGCUAGUGUUGACUAUUUGUAUGUUAUGUGUGUAGUAAAUAAUACACAUGUAAAAUAAAAACCCUUUCAUUUGA